AUGCCCUCCAGAAUCACCGCCGCCGCCCAGAGCCAGCCUAGCCCCAGACUCGGCCCCACCAUCCCAACCGUCACCUUCGUCCGCUCCUCUCACCGCUCCCUCGUCUCCAUGGUCCUCCACGAAUCUCUCGACCUGCUGGAGCCCCAUUCACUCGUACUCCCAUCCCAAGAAUCCAACCUCUCCUCCGAUGACAAUCCUUUGUUCCUCCCCCUGCGGAACGAUAUCUUCCCCUGCAUGGCCUGCGCCGAGAUCUUCCCCAAGCCCCACAUGCAGCAACAGUUGAUGAAGCACGCCAUGUCAGAGCUCACUGGGGAAGACUCGGGCCAAAACAUCGUCAAGAUCAUCUUCAAGACGGGUUGGACCAAUAAGGACCAUAGCUCGAAGAUCGACCGGAUCCUAAAGAUCCACAACAGCUCGAAGAUCCUAACCCACUUUGAGGAGUACAGGGAGUUGGUGAAGUCCAAUGCAGUGAGGAGCUGCGCCGCAGGCAGGAGGCGAGGCGAGAGCGGAAGGGUGAAGGAAGAGCUAGAAUGA